AUGAGGCAAACAUUCUUUGGCAUGGUGACCAGCACGUCCAUGAGCAAGACCGUCAAGGUCAAGGUUACUCGAAGCAAGUUGCACCCUGUCGUUCUCAAGACGAUCAAAUCACACAAAAAUUACCUCGCCCAUGACGAAAACCAACUGUGUGGAUUGGGCGAUGUUGUACGAAUUGAAGCAUGCCGACCUCUCAGCAAGAACAAGCAUUUCGCCAUUGCUGAAAUUGUACGAAGUGCCAACGCCUCGAAAUAA